CUCCAGGUCCUCCUGGACGAUCAGGCUUUCCGGGUGACAAAGGAAGUAUGGGAAUUCCUGGGAGAAUGGGCUUAAAAGGACACACAGGGGAGAAGGGAGCACCAGGCGAGCCGGGUUUGUCAAUCAUUGGACCAAGAGGACCUCCUGGACAACCUGGAACAAGAGGAUUUCCAGGCUUCCCAGGUCCAAUUGGGUUGGAUGGCAAGCCUGGCCAGAAUGGACCGAAGGGAGACAUGGGUCAGCGUGGUGCUAGAGGACUGCCGGGGGAACCUGGACCCAAGGGGGAGAAGGGCGUAUGUGGAGACUACACACACCGGGGCCUCUUUGUGCAGGAUCUUCCUCUGAAAACCCUGGCUGCCUUGCGCUCCAGUCAGGCUCUGAUGUUGAAGCAGGGCGAGCCUGGAGCGCAGGGACCCCCGGGACCUCCAGGACCCCCUGGACUCCCAGGGACCCCAGGCCAGAAUGGAGCCAUAGGCCCAAUGGGUAAGCCUGGUGAACCAGGAAAACCAGGAAAAGACCCAAGGCUUUUACCAGGACUGAAGGGUGAGCCAGGUGUACCAGGACAAAAGGGAGACCGAGGUGAUGUUGGCCCACUAGGUCCUGAAGGUUCAAAGGGAGUCAAGGGAGACCAAGGAAUAAAGGGUGAUAAGGGAGAGCCAAGCAGUGCAGCCCAGGGAAUUAAAGGAGAACCAGGUUCACCAGGACUUCCAGGCCUAAUGGGACACAAGGGUGACAAAGGCAACCAGGGAGACAAGGGGGAAGCAGGACCUGAAGGCCCAGCUGGACCGAGAGGUCCUCCAGGCCCAACUGGGGAGCCAGGAAAGGCUGAAAUCCACAAUAAUGAAAAUGAUAUCCGCAACAUACCCCUAAUGGGCCCCCCUGGAUUACCUGGACCUCCAGGGCCCCCUGGACUUUUUGGUGCCAAGGGUGAAGUUGGUCUGCCAGGUCCUCCAGGACUGGAUGGGGAGAAGGGACCCAGAGGGAAGCCUGGAGAACCUGGUCCCACAGGCCCAGCUGGCCCUGAAGGUCCCAGAGGAGAGGGUGGUGUCAUGGGAUUCUCAGGACCCAAAGGAGACAAGGGAGACAUGGGUCCACAUGGAUCACCUGGUUUAGAUGGCCCUACUGGUGAAAAGGGGGCUACAGGGGCCCCUGGCCCUAUUGGAUUACCUGGCUCAAUGGGUCCUAAAGGUGAAGCUGGAGCAGGAGGAAGGUCAGAAAUGAUCUAUGGUCCUCCAGGGCCCCCAGGACCUUCAGGACCAGUCGGCCCAGCAGGAUCUCAAGGACUUUCAGGGCCUAAGGGAGAACCAGGUAUAGGCAUCAGAGGAGAAAAGGGAGCAACAGGUCAGAAGGGCGACAAGGGAGACAGAGGCCAUCUUGGACUCCCUGGGGCUCAUGGGUUAGACGGCAGACCGGGUCCAGUGGGUCUAAUAGGACCAUCAGGUGUGUCAGGGCCCGCAGGACCAAAGGGAGAGAGAGGUGAAAAAGGAGAUGGUGGAUUACCAGGACCAACUGGGCCUCAAGGAAUCCCUGGUUUAGUAGGACCACAAGGACUCAAAGGAAAUCGGGGAGAGAGGGGCAAGAAAGGAAACAGGGGGGCCAAAGGGGAUAAGGGAGACCAAGGAGCACCUGGAUUAGAUGCCCCCUGUCCGUUGGGAGACGAUGGCUUACCUGUACCAGGAUGUUGGAAUAAAUGACGAUAACUUUGGAAUGGCUUGUGUGAUUGUACAUAGGAUAUUUAUUUUUGUACUUUUUCCCUAUUCUGUUAUACGUGGAAAAAAAUGGCAUAAUUUUUGUACAGAGUGUUUAUUUUAAUAUGUAUGACAGUGUUUAUGUAUUGGAUUUUUAUAUCUAUGUGUUAUUUUAAUACCAGAUUGGAUAAGUAAAAAUAAUAAUGUGGCAACAUAUGCAUGAUAUUUGUGCAUAAUGUGAAGUGGAUUAUGCUUAUUAACUUAUUGUAUUAUGUUGUUUUGUUCUGUUGUAAUAGACCAUGCUGCACUGAGUUGUGGAGCUGGAAAGAAUAUGUGUUAACAUUUGGAAAGUCUUCGCUGAAUUCUCCUUCUUGUGAUGAAGUGUUAAAACAUGGACAAGCACUGCUUACAUACUAUUUUAAUUUCACUAAUUGUUCACACAGUGACAGAAAGCUAUUAAAAGUCUGCACUUUGAAUAUUUCGUCAUGUGCUCAUAAUGUACUGGUUAACAUACAGACUCAAAGGUUCCAAAUCAGGCUGUCACCAGAGUAACAGAUUUUUUAGUCCCAUUAAUGAUCCCAUCAGUCCAUCCAGCCACUUUGGUCCAGGGCACAAUUUGUCAAUAAAUAAUAGCCAGAUGACAUGAAGGUACAGCCUUCAGUUUAUACACAAAAACCAUUAAAAUGAUGUUCAUGCCAUGGAGGACGGACUCUUUCUGUUAGUGAUACUCCAUGUACAGUUUCAGGACAAACUUAAAUGAUUUCAGCUAAUUACAGCUGGGUGUAAUAUGAAUUGAUGCCACUAGAGGGCGGCUGUGGCUCAGUUGUCGCCCACUCAGAAGGUCAGUGGUUCGAUCCCUGACCGUGGCAGCCUAUAUGUCAAAGUAUCCUUGGACUGAACCCCAAAUUUCUCCCGAUUGUGUUCAUCUGUGUGAGAAUAAAUUCCCAAUGGUGGCAGGUGGCAUCGUUUAGGGCAGCCCCUGCCACCAGGGUGAAUGGGUGUAUAAGCACAGUCUGUAGUGUAAAGCGCUUUGGGUGGUCGCAAAGCGACUAGAAAAGCCCUAUAUAAGGUCCAUUUAGAGGCAGCUCACUAGCUGCUAUCAGCGCUACUAUUGAAAAAAAAAUGUCAAUCAUGGCGCUGAUAGCAAUGAUUGUGGACAAAAAAUUCCAACAGGCAUUAUAACCACACCACAUCAUGCCUAGUGGUAUUUUAAUCAGUAAUCUGGGGACAGCCUAAAAUGCACUCUUUGAGAUCUGAUGUGGAAUCAAGUACUCCAGACAAUCACAGUUUGCUGGUAACAUCUCCAAACCCAACACUUGUGUCCUGGAGGAGGGUGUCAACCAAGAUCUCUUCACCAUUUAAAGCUUUAAAGUUCAGGCAUGAAAGAUGCUGAAAUAAAUGUUUAGUUGUACAGCAGGAAAGAAACAAACCAAACCAUGCAACCUCAUACGUCAUUUGUUCUUACCCUCAAAUAUAACCCACGGGAGCCUUUCACAAACUAGAGCCCCUACCAGUUGUAAAACAGCUGUAGUUUUCUGAGGUUUAGGCAACAAAACUUAUUUGAUUAGAGUAGAGUUCAGAGAUGCUACUUCAGAUGAUAUAAGCCCUUUUUUGUACUGUGUUUCUACAAAAGUGCCGCAAUUCCACUUACAUUGCAACCCAGCAUUGCGGAAAGAAGUGUGAGGAGACAGCAGUGUUGUGUAAUAGAGCAGCACCAGUACAUGUAUAAUAAGCAAACGCAGCGCAGAGUGCAUUCAAAACUAUGCCAGUCUUGAUGUUUCUCCCUGAUUCUACACACUCAAGCAAAGUUGUUCUGCAUUUUGCUUAACAUAGUUCAAUUACUGUCUGACUCAAAUGUGAGGCGAGUUUCUGAUUAUACAAUCCACUUUCUUUCUGCAUCCACUUUCUAUAUUGCCAGCUGAUACCAGUUGCUUCACAUUGAUCCCGCCUCCAACAGUCUCGUCCCUGUGUCCAUUACUACCUCCGUAGGCGGUAUAGAGCCGUAAUCACUUGAUCCCCCCAUUACACCUCUGAGAUGUUCAGAUUGAAGGCUAAGCGUCACAAAGGCGUAAAUGCUAGGGAUGUGAAUUUCAGGCAAAAUUACUAUUCGAUAAUCGUGGGGUACUAAUAGAUUAAUUUUUGAAUAUUCAAUAAUAACCCCCCCACCUCCCACCGACGAAGCAGUGUUCCCAACUUUGUUGAUAAAUUUAGCAACUUUUCAGACCCCCUUAGCCUUACCGUUAAGAAGAGUAAGAAGGAGUCGGCUUGUUAAGAAGAGCUGCCAUUAGAGGCAGUUAGCUACAGUUAGCUCUGUAGCAGCACAGUGUGUAUGUGCUGCUG